AUGGGCAUUCCAUACCUAUGGCCCUUUGUCCGGAAGAAAGGGUAUGAGGCCCGUCUACUGUCUCAGUUCCCUCAAGACCCUCUUCCUACGAACGCGUUUUAUCGCGUGGAUAUUCUCGCGUCCUUCUUUUCAGUCAUUCGAGGUGCCUACAGUAACCAUGAUUUGUCAACGGCGAACACUAUCAUCGCGCAGCACUUGCUAUCAUGCGGCCUUCCUCAAGCAUCAACUGUUCUCUAUGUCGAUGGUCCAUCACCGGAGGAAAAGCGCAGGACUCGGGAGUUCCGGGACAGAAAGCGGGCAGAUGCUUUGGCGAAAGCAGAGGCAUCAAUUAGCGAGAUGGAGAACAUCUUCAGGAGUAGAGGAAGGCUUCGGAAACCGCACUUCACGAAAUUGACCAAGCAUCUCCACGCUUCCUUUGUAUUGUCGAUGGACUCUCGAAGGGCUCUGGCUCAGUUCUUGCAGGAACUUGGAUGGAGCGUUGUCGAAUGUGUUUCGGAGGCAGAUAUUGCAAUUGCCAGCGAUUGCGGAGCCCAUGAUAUCGCUAUCUCGGGAGACAGCGACAGCCUCAUCUAUUCCUCCAUUGAAACUAUCUGGAGGCCUUUGAAACGAGGCCAAUACCUUGCGUACGAUGUACCCGAGCUGCUGAAACACUUGGAGAUAUCAAGGAACGCCCUUACCGUCCUUGCGACAUUCACUGAUCCUUCUGCAAUGAUAGGGGCUUAUUUGGCCCACAAAGACGUUACCUGUAAAAACCCCCAGCAGAACCAGUUCGAUGCAGCUCUAAAAAUAUUUGUCCGUCAAGAGUUCAGUACAGAUCCUACUCCACCUCCACAAGAGCUCAACCAUGACGGCGCCCAGGGAAUCACCCAGAGAUUGCAAGAUAUUCGCCUUAAGUUAGAGAGCAGCAAGAGAUCUUUCGUUGGUGGCCAGGCAGAGGAACGACGGCAUAUAUUCAACCGGUACUGUACUGUCGAUCGCCCUCCGGAACGCCGUCCACCUCCCCAUGAUUCAGGAAGACAGUACAAACACCGUCAUCGAUACGCCAUCAAGUCUCGCUCCCAGCUAAAGAAGCAUGACCCUCCAGAGACCAUGAUGCAGUAUCAGUUGAAGCCAUGGAAAUUGCAACCAGAGUCUCCCCUGGAUCCGUCGAUCAAUACCUCGCCCCCCAAGGCUACACAUAAGCAGCAACGACCGCGGGACGUGGCAAACAUGGACAAAAGGGAACUUGUCAACGAAAUGCAGUGGGAUCAUCCUACACGGACACUUGACAUCGGUACCAUUAACGCCAACGCCACCCGAGCUCUGAAUGGGGGGAUCGACGUGGCACACUUCCAGGCAGACACACACACUUAUCUCUCAGCAAUCAAAGCGUCGCUUCGAGACGUUACCCGGAUUUCGUCACGCCUCACUAACACCACCGGUACCAUCAACACCGCCGAUGCCACCAACGCCACCAACGCCACCGAUACCACCAACACCAACGAUGCCACCAACACCAACACCAACACCAACACCAAGAAACUUGAUAGCGUUGACCGUGAACUUCUCGACAUUCUUUGCCCUGGCUUCUCUUACAAGGAUUUAGCCGAUAGCACCGAGGAGGGGGCAGACCAAAAGCCAGACAAACCCGAGGGACUCGAGGAACACGACGACAGUCUCGACAAGAAAAACAAGGCGCUAUCGUUUCUUAUGUCGCUCCUUAUAGCCAUACAUUCCACCAAGCUUCCCAAAAAGAGCGGGAUGGGUUUACAGGUUCGGAGAUUCAUCGAACGGGCGCAGGACUUCUUGCCCAUCUUUACGGAGGGUAGAACUACGGAGGAGUAUUCUGGGUCUUCGUUUCUGAGAUCUGCCGCCUUGCAGUUAUCCGUCGAACUAAAAAAGCACUACAGGAAUGGAUCGAUCGAUCUUCGAAAGAGGAUCGAAGUCCUCAAGCGCAAGAAGGUCUUGCCUCCAGAAGCGAGAGAUUACAUUACGCCCCAAAGAUCUGCGAUAGAGAAUUUCAUACUCUUGAACAGGGCCUACGGGAGCCGUCGCUCAUUAGUGCCAAUGUCGCCUUUCGAUGUCAAGUUUAUUACUUUGUCGGAGCUGGAUCUAACCAGGAUCUUUUGGCCGAACAAACCCUUGAAGAGAGUGCUUCAGUCGUACGCCCACGAGGACUUCCAAACUAUCGAGUUUUCCGAACAAGUCACACAGGCAGACGUUGGCUAUUGGCUGUCAAGAAAAACACCCGGUUUUCUCAUUACCAGGCUACUCACCGAUAUUGGCCGGUACUCAGCGGAUCAACGCAAAAAGCUCAAAAACUUUUCCAGAUCCGCCUUCCUGAUGCCUUUGGACGAUAUGAAGAGUCAUCUCCAGAAUAUUCGAGCCGAUGACUUUGAGCCAGUCUCCUACAGCGAGAAAGGCUACGUCCUGCGUGGAUCGAUCCGGACAGACGGGUUCCGACUCCAAGUGCUUGCUUUCAAAUUGAAUGAGCUCCACUCGGUCAAGUACAGACGACUACCCGCGGAUAAGCUGCCUUCUCGACUAACAUCCACCGUUGGCGGCACGGAUUAUUUUUUGACGGAGAUCAGGAAUGCCUUUUCGACCAAGCAGGAUGUCACCCAGCUCUGGAGUUGCGAUCCCAAGAGUAUCAAGAUCCUCGGCAUUGACUUGGGCCAAGCAUUUGUCGUUGGAGCGAGUGCGAUUCUACCCACUCGCGAGCAGCCGAAUGCCGAACAAGGACAAGAGUCUGCUGCCACUACCAUGGAGUCGUCGCUUUCGAGUGAUGCAGAGGAGGAUGAAGGGGCCGAGGAACCGUCGCCCAAGUUUUUCAACUUGGCCGUCAAGCAGAAGGCUGUCUACCAGCCUACCUUCAAGCACAGACGAUGGCUGGAGCGUAGGAAAGAGCAGACAGUUGAGGGGGGAGCUUCCAUCAGCCAAAUCGAGACCAGUCUACCUCCUUGCCGUGGCCCAGAGGCGAGUAUCAGCAACUACACUCAGAGAGAACUGGAGGUGGAGGCCGAUCUCGAUUCGUUCUAUGGCAGUGUUGUCCUGAAGAAGCACAGGUGGAACGCUAGAAAGGCUCGAGCAGAGGAGUAUAGAUUGAUCGCCGAUCGUCUCUUACAGCUUGUUGGAGGAUCGACAGGGGCCAAGAGAGACGAGAACAACAAGGUCGUUAUUGGCGUGGGUCUUGGGAAGUUUUCUUCCAAGAUCAGAUUAUCAUCUUUGCAUGAGUCCUUUCAGUGGUACUUUGUUCAAAAAUGUCAAAAGUACAUGCACCGCGACAUCAUGGCCGGCCACAACAUGUGUAAUGCCAUCCGAGGACACUUGCUCGAGCAACAGCGGCCACUCUACCUCCAGCCCAAGGACACUGACGGCAACUAUCCUUGGAUGCAGAGCGAGCGUAGUUUCAAGCCGGGUCCUCGCCCUGGGGGGUCUGGUAGGCAGAGGGGGGUCAAGCGAAAGGCGACGGAUGAGGGGGAUGGGAGUCAAACGAAAAAACCAGCAACAGUAUAG